AUGGCCACUUUGAAACGCAAGGCUCCUGAAUUUGUUGAUGCGCCCGAUGCUACGCCCACGGGAAGACCAGUCAAGAAGCUGCGUCUUACCCAGAGCCAAAAGCAAGCGCUAAUUGACAACCUCCAGCUCGAAAUCACCGAGCGUGCUCGCAAGCUUCGUGCACAAUAUGCUCUUCAAGCAAAUGAUCUUCGCUCCCGCCUUGAACGACGCGUCAACCGUAUUCCCGUCUCUCUUCGCAAGGCCAACAUGGGCGAGCUCUUCGAGAAGCACUCGGCACCGGCCCAGGCGACCUCGCCUAUUCGUAGAAUCUCUCCAGCAAAGGUUUCUCGGGCACCCAUGUCCAUUGAUCAAGCACUCUCACCUUCUAGCACUCGCGACGGCCGGACUCGACGCAACAGUAAUGAGGGCCACUACUCCGACAAAGAAAAUGCACCCGCUGCUGGCACUCCCGAAGGGCUCAAGAACCCCAAGCGCCGUGGCAAAGCUCCCGCUGUAGGCAGUGCAUCACGCGUCGUAUCCCAGGAAGUGCGAGGCCAUGACCAUCGAAUUCUAUCUCCCAAGUCCCUCAACUCUCGAACCUACCCACAAUCUCCAUUCCGUGCCUCUCCCGAAAAGGGACAGCCCUCAUACCUGUCCCGACCUACCUCGCCACUAAAACCCUCCAGCCCUCUACGGGCGGCUGGACCGGGCUCUCGCCCGCGCGGUGCUACUGUAUCCACCGUCCGAGACAACAACCUCUCCACACAAGCCAAAAAGACCACAGCCCGCUCUGCGACGGGACCUCGAUCUGUCAGGUCCCCCCUUCCGCGACCAGCCACCCGUCAAGGCGAGCGCAAGAACAGCUUCUCGUCCACCACAUCCUCAGGAACGACCGUGACGAAACCCGCUCGUACAGGUACCGGUGCUAGGAAGGCGACAGCUGGAGCCUCUGUAACUACCAAGAAACCGGCCGUUCCUCGGGCUCACGCUGCAUCUCUGGCUGUUAAGAAGACCGCAACUUCUGCUACUGCGUCCACCUUGCGGAAGACCACCGCCCCAGCAUCUACGAUGGAUUCCUCAACCCGUGGGACGAGAGCACUACGCAAGCGUGUAUAG